ACCAACCACAUUUGGAGAGCAAUAAAAAGUAACAACACAAGAGAAACAGGUUUCUCUCCAAUAUUUAAAAAAUGAUAAUUGGACUCACAAUUGUGGAGGAUCUCUCAUCGCAACAAACUGGGUCAUGACUGCUGCUCACUGCAUCAGCAAGAGACAGACAAACCGGGUGGUGCUCGGCAAACACAACCUCAAGACUUCAGAACUGGGAUCAAUUUCAGUUGAAAUUGCUCCAGGGAACAUGUUUGUCCAUGAGAAAUGGAAUCCAAUAUUUCCUGCUCUUGGGUAUGACAUUGCACUCAUCAAGCUUUCCAACCCGGUGACUCUGAGCAACUCAAUAGAGCUGGGCUGCAUUCCUGCCCCUAAUACUGUGCUUCCCAACAACUAUCCCUGCUUUGUAACAGGAUGGGGUCGACUCUAUACAAACGGUCCCAUUGCUGACAAUCUCCAGCAGGCCCUUAUGCCGGUUGUAGAUCACGCAACAUGUUCCAGACCAGACUGGUGGGGUUUUACCAAGAAAAAGACAAUGGUUUGUGCUGGUGGAGAUGGCAUUGUUGCUGGAUGCAAUGGGGACUCUGGUGGACCUCUGAACUGCCGGGCUACUGAUGGAACCUGGGAAGUGCAUGGCAUUGCCAGUUUUGUAUCUAACUUGGGUUGCAAUGCCAAGAAGAAGCCCACCGUUUUCACUCGUGUUUCUGCCUUUAAUGGCUGGGUUACUCAGAUAAUGGCGAACAACUGAAGUGAGUCACAAGAGGUG